AGGAGGAGGAGGAGGAGAAGAAAGGAGGAGAAGAAGACCAAAGGAGGACGAGGUGGAUGAGGAGGAGGAGGAGGAGGAGGAGGAGGAGGAGAGAAGAAGACGAAAGGCGGAGGAGGAGAAGAAAGGAGGGAGAGGAGAUAAGAAGACGAAAGGAGGAGGAGGAGGAGGAGGAGGACGAUGACGAGGAGGAGAAAAAAGGAGGAGGAGGAGGAGGAGAAGAAAGGAGGAAGAGGAGAGAAGGAGACGAAAGGAGGAGGAGGAGGAGGACGAGGAGGAGAGAAGAAGACAAAAGGAGGAGGAGAAGGAGAGAAGAAGAUGAAAGGAGGAGGAGGAGGAGGAGGAGGAGGAGAGAAGAAGAUGAAAGGAGGAGGAGGAGGAGAGAAGAAGACAAAACGAGGAGGAGGAGGAGGAGGAGAGAAGAAGCCGAAACGAGGAGGAGGAGGAGGAGAGAAGAAGAUGAAAGGAGGAGGAGGAGGAGGAGAGAAGACAAAAGGAGGAGCAGGAGGAGGAGAAGAGGAGGAAAGGAGGAGGAGGAGGAGGAGAGGAGGAGAGGAGGAGAGGAGAAGAUGAAUACGAAAGGAGGAGGUGGAGGAGAGGAAGAAGAAGAAGAAGAGGAAGGAAAGAGGUGGAGGAGGCUUCACCACGAUGGCAACAGCAGC